UUGUUAAGAAUGCAUGAAGAUAAUUUUGAUCCAACGCCAACAUUCGAUAUUAAUCCCGCUGAUUUGCGGCGUGGUUUCUUACGGCUUCAACAACGUGUGCAUCCCGAUAACUAUGGAGCAAAGGAUCAACAAGAAUAUACAUAUGCACAGCAGCAAUCUUCUUUGAUUAACAAGGCCUACCAAGUAUUGAAAGAUCCACUUUCGAGGGCUCAAUACAUGCUUCAGUUAAAUGGCAUCGCAAUAACAGAAUCCGAAUCUCUGGAGGAUCCAAAAUUAUUGAUGGAAAUCCUGGAUACACGUGAACGACUUGAAGAAGCAACUA